AACUCAGCAAUAGAAUGCAGCAGGGGAACGAGCCAAAGAGAAGGAGGGAAGAAAAUUCCAUCGUCAACUCAACAAUGGGCACUGUAGAUUGUUUAUCUCAGUUGCCCGAAGCACUGAUGCUUCGAAUCUUGUUUUUGCUACCGGUAAGAGAAGCAGCUCGCACCAGUCUUUUGUCCAAGACAUGGCGGCGUUUGUGGAGUUCUCUACCCACAGAGAGUUUCAAAUUCCGGUAUUCCUCUUUUCCACGGAAUUGCGUGCCGGAGGAAGGAGAAAAUGUGGGAAAUGAGGAAAUCUUGGACAAGUUUAUCAAAUACGUUGAUGAUUCUUUGUUCAGGAUCCGCAGUGAGAAAGUAAAGAUUGAAUCUUUCCUUCUACAUCUGCCUUAUUCUGAAUCUAAAUUGCAGUCUCACAUGGAUGAGUGGAUAGAAUUAGUCACAAAGAACCCAGUUAAAGAAUUCGAAAUUUACUCUGAUCGCUGCCAUGCACAUAGCGAUUGGUAUGUUUUACCCAGGACCAUAUCUGUAGCGAAAUCCUUAUCAGCAUUGAAUUUACAAGGUCUUAAAUUGGAUGAGAUCACAUUUCUGGGUCAUUCCAAGUUUCCUUGUUUGCGAAAUCUCUCUCUAUCGAAGGUUCAUCUCAGUAGAACAACGGCUGAAAAACUGUUGUCUUCUUGCCCUUUGCUCGAGCAAUUUGAACUGCGAUCAUGUCUGGGAUUUAGUCAUCUCUGUAUUCCAAAUCUUCCCAAGCUAAAGAAGGUUGAGGUUUAUUACUUGGAUGGUAUCGUUAUUGAAGCAUCAAAUCUUGAAAUUCUUGAUUGUACAAUUCUUUCUAGUAAUUUGGAGCUGGGUGCACUUCCUUGUAAUAAUCUAAAAGAAUUGACAGUACAUUCUAACCCCACAAUUAUCAACCAGUGUAUUCAGGAAGUUUUUGCUAAAUUCCUCCUCCUUGAGACCUUGAAUUUGGAUUAUAAUUUCUCUUCGUACGAACCAUACCGCAUAAGUUUUAUAAUUUCAAGACAUCAGCUUAAGAGCUUAAGUUUAUCAGUUUCCGGUGAUCCAGAGGCGAUUGAGAUUAACGCUCCAAAUCUUAAAUCAUAUAGAUUCUCCAGUAACACUGUCCCCUCUUCAUUAAUUAUGAAUGCUUCAAGUCUACAAGAGGCUACCUUUGAACUGCAUGUGGACGAUGUUGUUGACAUAGACACAGAGUGGUUUAUUAAUUUGCUGAAAUAUCUUAUGAUGUUCAAGAACCAUAAAUUCCUGUGCCUGACCAUUUUCUCUUAUGCGAGCGUCACAUUUAAUCCAAUGGAGUGGAGGGGAAGAUGUGGUUCUGAACUACCAAUACUUGAAAAUCUAAUAUUAGUUAUGACUUCAAGCAAGGAAAAUCAUGAAGCUGUACUUGAAAAUCUAAUGUUAGGUAUGACUUCAAGCAAGGAAAAUUAUGAAGCUCUACUGGAUGGAUUAUUAUGGUGUUGUCGUCCAAAAACUCUAUCUGUGGCAUUGGAAAAUGAACGAAACAGAGAACUAGUGAAGUUCCUUUGCAAGGCCUUUACAAAAGGGAAGGAUAGUUUCCGGCGAUCAUCUCACUGCAAUUUCUCACGCUGGCGGCAUCACUUAAAAGAUGCGAAGAUCGAAGGCUUAGAAGUUUUUGAUGAAAGAGGGUUGGAGUCAUUGUUAAGUUUUGAUGAGUACAAAUUAGUCACAUUUGAAUUAACAUGGGAAGCGGAAGAUAAAGGUUUGGAGUCAUUGUUAACUUCUGAAGGGUACAAUUAACAAAGCAGCACGGUUUCUUAGGUUAUAUUAGCCGCACUCCUUGAGGUCCCUCUGCCAUGCAUGGAAAACAGGUUUUACCAGCUAUGAAUGUGUAUGUUGUCCUUAUUAUGCCCCAUCAGCAUCUGUCUUCCCAGGUUAUAAUUAGCCUCCAACCAUAUGCUACCUUUUGCUUGUAAACUAACCAUUUAUAAAUGCUUUCAUUCAUGAAUGGUACUCAUUAAUAUAAUAGAACUCUCUGAAUUAAAUUGAGUCAAGGCUUUUGCAGAACCAAGUAUUGAAGAUUGCUGCCCAGAGUCAUGCUUGUCAUGAAUUCAGUUCAAGCAUGAUUGUCAUGCUUGGAAUCUCCCUGCUGAUCGAUGAAAUGCAUCAACAGCUUGUGGUUGUGAAGUUCAAUUUUUUCCUGGAAAUCUGCAAGUGCUAGGGGACCUGUGUACCCAAAAAAAACAAAGAAAGUUUCAUCAGAGUGCCUAAGACACUUCUUAUAUCUUUUACAUUAGUUUUAAAUUGCUCAACCGGAAUAACGAGGGGGAAAAAAAUCUGCAGACCAAUUUCUGUGACCAAAUCCCAAUAUAAGAAUAAUUGAGGGGAAUAAAGUUCAGAUCUCCACGGUUGACACUUGACACACCAUUCCGAUAAUAGCAUCUUAUUCACGUUAACUUUCCCGGUUUAUGUUUGACCAUACCAAACUAAAGACAGAUAAAUAAUAAAUUCUUAUACAGCAAGAGAAGUAAAAUGAUGAGAAAACUUCAGUAAUACAAAAUUGAAAGUUGGUGUGCUUCAGCAAAUUGCUUUUUUUUUUCCUCGUUAGUUUCCUGAAAACGAAAGCAGAAAAUGUUAGAGAAAGAAGUUGGUGAGAUAUCAUAUCAACAACUUGCACAUUAUUUGCUUAUAUUUCUCAAUAUUAGUUUUAUAUGGCUGACUAACUAAAAUGAGAAACAUUGUAUUCACACUUCUUAUUCAGCCUAAAAAUACAAGAAUUUCAUCGCAACUUGCCAGUAGAAUAUGAUUGUUCUGUAGGUCUUAAUACAGUUUGAAAUACAGAGCUAUCCCACUGUAUCAAUACAUGUCCAAUGUAUGUACAUAUGUAUGAAAGACCUCUUGAAAUAUUGUCUAUUUUAAGUUAUAAAAAAAUAAAUUUUAUAUCAGCUUUUUUAGUUUGUCCAUUAAUUUUCUGUUGUGUGGUCUACAGAAUUAGUUGAUUACUUUAACCAAGUUUCUGGUGCCAUGUACUAUUACAUUGAUCAUAGACUUUUCUGUGUAAACUAAUCAAGAUAUUCUUUAAUUAAUAAAUAAUAAAUUUGCACCAUUGGGUAAUUAACAAUCAUGUCAAUGCAUAUAUAUAUAUAUAUAUAUAUAUAUAUAUAUAUAUA